UCCCAAACAAACAAACACGGAGAAAUCAAAGUUUAGACAAUAGUACGAGACCUUCUAUAUCAAGGCGCGCGCUCAUCUCUACUCCAUUUCCCCUUCGUUAAGCAGCUCUAAAUAUGUACGCAUCAGUAGCAGUCUCAACUCUGUCAAAUCCUUUGUCUUCCAUUUCCGCUUCCACGGAUACAACGGGAACCAUCGCUCAAAGUUCACUUCAUCGGCGAUGCGCUUUUCAAUAUCUACCUACCGCCCGCAGAAUUUGGAAACCGAUUCCAUCCUCUCGAAAACGCAUCCGCAAUUGCACUACUCGACAUUUCAGUGUCCAUGGCGAGUCCAAGACAGAGGAAGUGCAAAACAGACGAUGUUCACCUUUAUUAGAGAGUGAAUAUCUUGCCAAUGAUGCAUAUAUAUCAGCUCCUGAUCAAUGGAAGACAGUUCCAGAUAUCUGGAGGUCUUCAGCUGAAAAAUUUGGUGAUCGGGUAGCACUAGUAGAUUCAUAUCAUCAUCCACCUUCCACUAUGACUUAUAAACAGCUUGAGCAGGGAAUUUUGGACUUCUCAGAAGGUCUCAGGGUUGCUGGAGUAAAACCAGGGGAAAAGUUGGCCCUUUUUGCAGAUAAUUCCUGUCGGUGGCUUGUUGCAGAUCAAGGUAUUAUGACCACUGGAGCAAUUAAUGUAGUAAGGGGGUCAAGGUCAUCUGUUAAUGAACUAUUACAAAUAUUCAACCACUCUGAAAGUAUUGCACUUGUUGUAGACAGUCCUGAAUUGUUCAAUCAGAUUGCUGAGACCUUUUAUUCAGGGGCAACUAUGAGAUUUGUUGUUCUACUUUGGGGUGAGAAAACAAGCCUAACUAAGAAAGUGCCAGAAGGGUUGUCGGUUUACCUUUACAAUGAAAUCAUUGAGUUGGGACAUGAAAGCCGUAGGCUUUUGCUUGAUUCUCAUGAUGCAAGGCAGCGAUACACUUAUGAAGCCAUAAACUCUGAUGAUGUUGCUACUCUUGUGUAUACAAGUGGAACCACUGGAAAUCCUAAAGGGGUGAUGCUUACACAUAAAAAUCUGUUGCACCAGGUAAAUAAUCUAUGGGACAUCGUACCCGCUGUACCUGGGGACAGAUUCCUAAGCAUGUUACCUCCGUGGCAUGCAUAUGAACGAGCUUGCGAGUAUUUUAUAUUUACAUGUGGAAUUGAGCAAGUAUAUACUACAGUGAAACAUCUAAAGGAUGAUCUGCGGAAGUAUCAGCCAAACUAUAUAAUUUCUGUUCCUUUGGUAUAUGAAACACUUUAUAGUGGUAUUCAGAAGCAGAUUUCUUCAAGCCCCCCUGUUCGAAAGUUUGUGGCAUAUUUACUUAUUAGUGUCAGUCUGGCAUACAUGGACUUUAAGAGAGUAUAUGAGGGGAAAUAUUUGACAAAGAGCCAAAAGCAACAUCCAUUUCUUAUUGCAGCAGUUGACUGGUUAUGGGCAAGAGUAGUUGCUGCCAUAUUGUUUCCAUUGCAUAUAUUGGCAACAAAGCUUGUCUAUAAAAAAAUUCAUACCGCUAUAGGGAUUUCUAAGGCUGGAAUAAGUGGAGGUGGUAGCUUACCUACACAUGUUGACAGAUUCUAUGAGGCUAUUGGUAUAAAACUACAAAAUGGGUAUGGUUUGACAGAAUCAUCUCCUGUUGUAGCUGCUCGUCGUCCUGCAAAUAAUGUUCUUGGCUCAAUUGGACCCCCUCUUCAACAAACAGAGAUAAAAGUGGUAGAUUCUAACACAGGUGAUGAUCUUCCUCAUGGCUUAAAAGGUAUCGUAAAAGUCAAGGGGCCACAAGUAAUGAAGGGUUACUAUAAGAAUGAAAUGGCUACCAAGAAAGUCUUAGGUACAGAUGGAUGGUUGGAUACUGGUGAUAUUGGAUGGAUUUCUCCUUCGCAUUCAAUAGGGCGCAGUCGCAAUUGUGGAGGUUUGAUAGUUCUUGAAGGACGUGAAAAGGAUACUAUUGUUCUUUCCACAGGUGAGAAUGUUGAGCCUUCAGAAAUAGAAGAAUCAGCAAUUAGGAGUGUUUUAAUCCAGCAGAUUGUGGUUAUUGGACAGGAUCAAAGGCGUCUUGGAGCUAUUAUAGUUCCGAACAAAGAAGAGAUUUUAGUGGCAGUGAAGAAGGAAUCUGGUGUGGAGUCCAAUGCCUCUGAACUCAGUAAAGAGAAGAUUAAUAAUCUCUUGUAUAACGAACUAAGGAACUGGACAUCAAACUGCUCCUUUAAAAUCGGACCAUUCAUAGUUGUCGACGAUCCUUUUACGAUUGAGAAUGGGUUAUUGACACCAACUAUGAAGGUACGCAGGGAUCGAGUGAUAGCCUUAUACGGGGAGCAAAUAAACAAUAUGUACAAAUGAAAUUGGCCCCCAUCAUCAUCAUACAACCCUCAAUUGCAAGAUUGCUGUGUACUAAAGCUGCAAUUAAUAAAUAUUUUCUCAGAAAAAAUAAGGUGUAAUAAAUAUUUCAGUGGUAAAGAGGCCAACUGAAAUAUUGCUUGUCCUAUUUUGUGUUUGUGAGUGUGUUCUAAUUUAAAAAAACAUAUUUAU